AUGUUCGAAAACUUAAAUAGAACUGCAUAUCAUCCAAAGUGUAAUGCUUAUGGACAAGAUUUGUUUAGAAGAAUUCCAUGUCCAAAAGGUAAACUAUGCGUUGAUGAGGAUACACCAUGGAAUGUUGUGAAGAAAAACCAGUUUACUUAUGUUAUUCAAAAUUCUGGACAGCCGAGGUUUUGGUAUGUGUCCAUGGUGUCGUGUUACUUAGAUGAAGUAACAUGUACCUGGCAUCACUACAAAGGCGCUGCUAUGAAUGAUAAUACCACUUUAACCAACAAACCUCAUACUGUACAUUAUGAUUUCUGGCUGGUUAAUGGAAAUCCAAACUUAUCAUUUUACAAUACACUGUUAUAUCAGUUUUCAUUUGACAGACAGAAUACCCUUGAAUUGUAUCUAGUAUUUUGGCUGUGUUAUAUUGUUUUACUGCCAGUACAGAUAUAUGCAGUCAGGACACAGAAACAUCCAGUUACAAAAUUAUUUACAUUCAGUUUGGUUCUGGAGUUUGUGGCACUCUGCUUCAAUGUUCUGCACACAGUGAAAUUUGCUGCAGACGGAGUAGGUUUUGCUAGUCUUGCUGCGGCUGGUGAUGUCUUAGAUAUUAUGAGCAGAACUCUCUUCAUGCUGCUCCUUCUUUUGUUAGCAAAAGGAUGGGCGGUAACGAGACUUGAGCUAACGUACAAACCGCUAGUAUUUGGAGUAUGGUUGGCGUAUGGCAUCGUACACAUUUUACUUUACGUGUGGAAUACGACAGAAGUGGAUAUAAUAGAAGAAAUUGAUGAAUACCAGACUUGGCCGGGCUGGUUGAUCUUGGCGCUUCGCGUAGCUAUAAUGACGUGGUUUGUGCUGGAACUACGUAAUACAAUGAUGUACGAGCACAAUAUGCCGAAGCUUAACUUCUUGCUACACUUCGGUGCGUCGAGCCUCGUCUGGUUCGUCUACCUCCCCAUCAUCGCGCUUAUUGCGCUACAAAUAAGCCCUUUAUGGAGAUUUAAAUUUAUCUUGGGUAUCACUUAUUCAGCAGACUGUCUCGCAUUUUGUGUGAUGGCGCACUUGCUAUGGCCCACGCGUUCGGAACAGUACUUACUACUAGCGCCCUCUGACUACACAGCGGGCAUCGAAGAGCUAGAUGAAUUCAACGAGUCACCUCAUGUAGUACAUAGCGACACCGUUGCACUAACUACCGCAGAAUCCAUCAAUGCUGAUGAUGAGGAGGUCAUCUUCACGCGAGCAGCACUUAAAAAUGGCUCAAUAUACUCAUAG